GUAAUCAAUAAUAACAACGAAAAGAGUCAACCCUAUGUCAAAUAAAAUGCUAUUUUUCACGAGCGAAAUACAACAAGCGUAGACUUUACCGUGAAAUGCUCACUAGGAGUUAAAAAGUAAGAAAAUCAAAUUUGCUAAAGAAAAAUAGUAACACAAUAAAUUAACAAUAACAAGGCUACAGUAUGUACAAGGAGUACCGGUACCGAGUCAAUGUACAGGGGUACAAGGUUGUUGAGAAGUAAAGUGACCGUUACUGCUUUCGAGGCCACGGGUGAUAUAAGGAAGUACUCCCCAGACAAAAUCAUUAUUUCUUAGGAAACAGCAGUUGACUGCAGUGCAAAAUGAAGAGCUCGGGCUCCUCCAUCUCAGACGAUGAUGAUGCAUUGUUUAAUGAAACAUCAACCAUAGGGCGAUCAGUAGUCGGUGUGAUCCUGGGCCUGUCGUUCCUGGUGGGGGUCCCGGGGAACCUGCUGGUGAUCUGGACCAUCCUGAGGCACGUCCAGCAGCGCUCCCACACCGUGGCACUCAUCCUCCACCUGGCUGCUGCAGACCUGCUGGUGCUCAUCACCCUGCCCCUGUGGAUCUACUCCCUGGCCCGCUCCUGGGUGUUCGGGGAGGCAUCCUGUAAGGCCAUGGUGUACGUCAUCAACACCUGCAUGUACAGCAGCGUCUUCCUCAUCACCCUCAUGAGCAUCGAACGCUUCCUUGUCAUCCUGUACCCGUUCAAGAUGUUGCGCUGGAAGACCAAGGCAAUUAUGGACAAGGCUCUAGUGGCUAUCUGGGUUCUGGCUUUCCUUUUAGGGAUCCCAUCCAUUCUUACCAGCUCUAUGGAUGAGAUCAAUGGGACUGAGCAGUGUCUUUUCAAGGAGUACAGCUCAGUGGCCCAAGAGGUGGUGUUCUUAUGCCUGGAGACCUUGGUGGGCUUCGUGGUCCCCUUCUCCACUCUGGCUGUCUGUUACUGUCUAGUAGCAACACACUUGAGGACAAUGCAUUUCGGCAGGACCAAACAGAAGUCGACAGUUCUGAUCAGUAGUGUGGUGGUAGCCUUCGUUCUCUGCUGGCUUCCUCACCAUGUCCUCAACACUGUAGACCUAGUCAGCAUCCUGGCAGAGGAUCCAGAUGAUGCUGUGCCUGUUUCAGUGGCCCAGACUGCAAUAGUGUUUAUCUCUGGAGCGCUGGCCUUCAUUAGUAGCUCUGUGAACCCUGUGUUCUAUUCCUUCGCUGCAAGGAACUUCCAGGGCAGUCUCCAGGAGUCCCGCAUGGUCAGGCUGUUCCAGGAACUCUCCUCACACACCUCCUCCAAGCUAAGGGGAUCUGGCAACACAAUAGGAUCUGGCAACACAAUAGGAUCAGAAAACACAAUGUCCUCAGUAAGGCCAGACUGCAACAAUACCACAGACAUAACUACCAUGUAGGACUACAGAGAUGGUGGCGCUGGAUAAGAGCAUUCUGGAUAAGUCGUUCUGGAUAAGAGCGCCUGCUAAAUGACUAAAAUGUCAAAUGAAAACUGUGACCUGAUCAUUGAUUCAGAUGUCAGCAUUGAUGAGAAAUAAAUAUGUCUAGAAUCUAGAAGUUUGAUUAACAGUUGUAUUUUUAUGAUCAUGGUACAAAAUGUAGAUAUUGUUGUGGUCCUUGUGAAAUACGGUGAGAAAAGCUCACACAAGUAAUUCAAUUGUGACUAUUUCAACACAAUAAAGCGAUUGAAUUUGCUCAUAAAGUGGUAUAAUUUAAAUAACAUUUAUUCAUGGUCAUGUUACAAUUCCUUGAAUAUUAUUUGAUUUAACCUUUAUUUUGUAUUUACAUUCAUGUUACAUAAAAUAACACACUGCCUUACUCUAUUUGAUCACAAUAAAGUUCACAAUAAAGUUCAUAUGACUUCAAUAAAAGUAAUUUGUGGUCAAUACAAUUGUUUGAACUCUUAAAAUAUCUCAGAAGAUAUAUUUUUCCAGACAGUGCCACAAUAAGGACCCACUGGAUGACUCAGUGCUAUGUCUCUCACAGAAUGAUGGCUCUGUGAAAAA